AUUGGGCUAGUGUGCAACUGGAGGGAAAUAUAUGGGGCAGGAGAGAAUACAAUUUGUAGGGUAGAUAAAGCAGGGAAUUGUGGGCGUUAAUAUAGAGGGUUAAAAGGGAGUGGUCAGUUGAGAUAUAGGGGGUAGUUUUGUGCUGUAUAUUGCAGAGUGGUGGAGAAGGUAACUAAAUGAACAGGAUGAGGGACUAUAUUGGGGCAGUAACGAGGGGGUGUAUAUUGGGACAAGAGUGGGUGCAAGUGAGUAAGAGCUGUAUAUAGGUGUACUAUGUUUAUGACUAUUGCAGCAUAGUUGUAUUGGUGUGUGGAGGUCCGUGAUGUGCUCUGGGUUCCUACCAUCUUGAUGUUUUUCAGGGUCUUCACAUUUAAUUUCCUGCCCCCUCCAUUUUCUGGAUAAUGUCAGAAGGUGAAGGGAAGACUGCGUCACUGGCUCCAGGUACAGGAUCUGAUCCCAAACUUGAAAAUGUGGCCUCAGUGUCUCCUCCUGUAAGUGCUCCUGCUGUUCCCACCCAGGAUGAGGAAGAAGAGGAGAGUGAAGACGAGUCAGAGAUCCUGGAAGAAUCGCCCUGUGGAAGAUGGCAGAAAAGGCGUGAGGAGGUGACAUUUUGUUAUAUUUGGUCACUAAAACUAAAGGGGUACUUCAGACAAUAGAAUUAUUGUGUUAGUACAGUUUUUAUGGUGCCUAAGGUGUCGUGGUGCUGCCCCAGUUUAACCGCAAACCUGAAUUAACACUUGGAAUUGUCUGUGUUAGCUCUGUCUAACUUGUAAACCAGACUCACUAAGAGACUGAUUAAGCACUUGAAUGGUUUAGACUACCUUCCCCUUAAUGCUCCUACAGCAGUAAUGCUGUCUUAGAAUUCCGGGCAGAAGUCCACAACAUUUACCUAGUGCAGAGGUAGGCAACCUUUACCAUUGUAAUUUGAUAAGUAAUAAAAUAGCAUGACUUGCAUGGUUGCUUAGAGAAAACCUUUAAAGGGUUACUCCAAGCAUCAUUCCUUCUACAGUCCCUUAUAGUGGUUAUGAUGCUAGGAGCACCCUGGUUUUGUUCCUUGGUAAAGGGGCAAAACGUUUAGCAACAGUUUCCCCCCUUACCUGGGUUCCCUCCGGGAUCCUAUGCUCCCUUGUGGUCCAGAGAUGAGUUUCUGGACACCGUGAUUGGCAAACUAGCACAGAAUUGCCAUUAGCCCGGAUACUAGAGUGAGUGACUGAUUACACCUCUGUGACCUUUGCUGUGUGUGGAAUUACACCUCUGACAGCAGAGGGAUUAAUCACUGUAUACGCGGACUUCAGGCACCAUUACCACUUUAAAUCACAUAUCCCUUUUCCUGGCACUGCAGGACCCUGCAAUGCCCCUCCCACCUGCCAUCCCAUGUUGCUGAACGGGAUAAAACCCCUUCAGUGAUUUAACUGAAUCUAGCACCGAUGUCCCUCUGCACCUAGUCAGGCUCCGCCAACGCUCCUCCCCCACCAAUGUCAGUCGGCGGGGGAGACCUACUGUGCAUAUGCGGCAAUGGCCGCACGCAUUAGACCUCCCCAUAGGAAAGCAUUAUUCAGUGCUUUCCUAUGGGGAUUCCGGUGACGCUGGAGGCCCUCAUGCAUAGCGUGAAGACGUCCAGUGUCGUUUAAAACACUUUGCGUUUUCUAACAACGCUGAAGUCACUCUAAUGGCUGUCUGAUAGACAGCCACUAGAGGAGGACUUAACCCUGCAAGGUAAUUAUUGCACUUUAUAAAAACUGCUAUAAUUACACUUGCAGGGCUAAAGGUGGUGGGAGUUGGCGCCCAGACAACACCUAUGGACAGAAGUGGUCUGGGUGCCUGGAGUGUCACUUUAAGUUGUCAUGGUGCUUGGAGUAAGCCUUUAAAGCAGGGCUGCCCAACAAGUAUAUCCCCAGAUGUUGAACUACAACUCCCAUAAUGCUUUGUCAUUCUAAAGGCAUUAAAAGCAUCAUGGGAGUUGUAGUUCUACAACAUCUGAAGAUCUACCUGUUGGGCAGCCCUGCUUUAAAGUUAUCCAUCCUACCUGAACCCUGACAUCAAUAGCUUAUUCUUUACACACCAGCUUCUGCCCACCCCUGCUCAUUGUAUGAAUUCCCACCACGGCUUCUCUCUCCCCUGCUCAUUGUAUGAAUUCCCACCCCGGCUUCUCUCUCCCCUGCUCGUUGUAUUUAUUCCCACCCCGGCUUCUCUCUCCCCUGCUCGUUGUAUUUAUUCCCACCCCGGUUUCUCUCUCCCCUGCUCGUUGUAUGAAUUCCCACCCCGGCUUCUCUGUCCCCUGCUCGUUGUAUGAAUUCCCACCCCGGCUUCUCUCUCCCCGGCCCGUUGUAUUGAUUCCCACCCCGGCUUCUCUCUUCCCUGCUCGUUUUAUUUAUUCCCACCCCGCCUUCUCUCUCCUCUGCCUGUUGUAUGGAUUCCCACACCGACUUCUCUCUCUCCUGCUCGUUGUAUGGAUUUUCCCUUUCAUCUGACAGCUGCUGCAUGUAGAGCUGAUGGGCAUAGUGACUUUAUAAGUGGUAGAGUGGUCAGCCUUAGCGUAUUGUAAUUUGUAUUGUUUGUGCUUUGGUGCAAAACCAAUCAGGUUAGGUCUGAUUCUAAAGUGUUUUCUCUAAACCAAGUAAAGUAUUAACCCUGUUUAUAAGACUGUGCUCCUGCCGUGGUCGUGUGGUUUGACGUACUGACCUAUAGUUUCCUGCAUCCCUCCUGGCUGCCUGCCACGCACAUACUCUGUACUGAGUCAUCUGCUCUGAUGUAUUCAUUGCUGGUCUUAUUGCUGUGCCUUCGCUUCUCUCGGUCUGUAAUGCCCCCAGUGAGCUGAUGCAGAGGAUUCUGUGCUCCAUCUUGCCAUCCUGCUGCCGUCUGCCAUUCCUCUGGCUCUCUGUGUAUGGGCGUAUACACCAUGCAAGUGAUUUAACUUCUUUAGUUACCGACCAACCUUUAUGGUGUGAAAGAGAAUCCCUGAGCAUGCACGCUGUACAGAGAAGGAUUGGUACGAGUGUUUAAGGGUUUACCUUUUAUGUGGAGCACACUGGAAUGGCAGUUCAGGACUCUAGAGGGUGAAGAGUUCUGGACUGGGGGGAGGUCUAUGGACUCUGGGGCAGUGAAGAGUACUUCUCCCUCUUGGUAUUUUGGACUCAGGUUUCAGGGGUCAGUUGGUAGUUCUGGGACAGUGAGGUUAGCUGUGCCUUUUUUUCUUUCUUUCUUUCUUUUUUUUUUCUGUAGGUUAACCAGCGCAAUGUCCCCGGGAUUGACAGCGCCUACUUGGCAAUGGAUACAGAGGAAGGAGUUGAGGUGGUUUGGAACGAAGUGCAGUUCUCUGAACGCAAGAAUUUCAAGCUGCAAGAAGUAUGUGUUGGCAUUCAGGUGUUCUGAGCAUGACUAGAACAUUGCCAACGAGAACCACUCACUAUUCCCUAUUUCUGUCUGCAGGAUAAAGUUAAAGCUGUGUUCGAUAAUCUCAUCCAACUGGAGCAUCUCAACAUUGUCAAAUUCCACAAAUACUGGGCUGAUGUGAAGGAGAACAGAGCAAGGGUAAGAGGACAGGGUGCUAGGAGAGAGCUGGAAAGUUGGGGGCUGCUUAUUAUGAUAGGGGCAAGGUGGAGGGGGGGGGGGGUUUCAGUUUACUGGGGCGAUUGCGAGUGACUAAUAGACGCAUGUGGAGUAAAGAACUGGGUGCUAGCCAUUGGCUGAGUGAGCGUGACUAACAGAUGUGAAGUUUUGGUAUGUGCUAGUAUAGAAAGACAGGAUUGGAAUCUUAGAGUCUUGGUUAUAAGAAUGUGUUCUGUAUUUCAGGUAAUCUUCAUCACAGAGUACAUGUCUUCUGGCAGUCUGAAACAGUUCCUGAAGAAGACCAAGAAGAACCAUAAGACCAUGAAUGAGAAGGUACCUGGAGAGCGAGAACCUGUCUUAGGGACAGGGAGACUCUCUUAGCAUGAAUAAUGCUUAUUGGCCAGGACUGUGGUUGACUCUGACCCUGAUCUACCUCCUUGACACUCAGCCAACCCUAUGAGAAAGCAUUGUGAUUUUCUCAGAAAAACACUUCUGAAGAUAUCAGCCAAGCAGGAAGAUCGGGGCAGAGGCAGCAGCUGCAGUCUUGAACAUAAGGAAGAUUUUAUUAUAUUUAGGGAGCCCAUGGGUGCUAGAUGGUGAUUUUAACACUAUAAAGUCAGGAAUACAUGUUUGUGUUCCUGACCCUAUAGUAUUCCUUUAAUCACUCAUUUGGAGACCCACUUAAAGCAAUGGGAUUUUUCUGUAACUCGGAUUAAUGGAAUUAAUUUACAAAAUAUAUAAAUAUUGCAUGAAUAUACAUCCCUGUGUUACAUAACUAUUCCUUAUUUAAUGCCGAAUAACUUUCUGACUUUAAUGGAUCUGAAAAAGAAAACUAUUUUCAGAUAGAUCUUUCCUCCAAAAGCCUUUAUAAGAAAUCCAAUUAAAAUAAAAAACUGAUUUAUUUCUAUCCUGUCUGGUGCCCGUGUGGGGAGAGGUGAGGGCUCUUGUGGAAGGUGAUGGGGGGGCAUCUCUGUGGCUGUACCUCAUACAGCUCAUUCUGUGUCCUUGGGGCUUCCUCUCGGAACAUCUAUCACGUACCCCUCAAAGCUCCCUGGUAAGCAGUCCCCUUCAGACAGAGAUCCCUUAACUGUAAAAAAAUAAAUAAAUAAAAAAUAACUUUUAAAAUAAUUCUUGGUACUUUCAUCUUGUUUCCGAACGCUUGGUUCUCAUUAUAAUGUUUGUUAUUGGACUGGUUGCCGUACAUUAAUCUUUUGAUUUGUCUGAUUUCAGGCUUGGAAGAGAUGGUGCACACAGAUCCUGUCUGCCCUCAGGUAAUUUGCUGACCCGUGUUAUUCAUGUGCAGCAGGAAAUGUAAUGACUACAAUAGAUAUAAUCAGUGGAGAGAGGAAUGAUGGUACUCUUUUACUAGAACCAUGACUUGUUUUGUCUUGUGUUUACCCCUGAUGGUCAGAGCUAUCUGCGUGUCGUUGGCUGAGAUUAUCAUUACUGAUGGUCUCGGCUAGCUGCGUGUCCCAUUACUGAUGGUCUCGUCUAGCUGCGUGUCAUUGACGGAGAUUAUCAUUACUGAUGGUCACAGUGAGCUGCACGUCAUUGGCGGAGAUUAUCAUUACUGAUGGUCUAGGCUAGCUGCGUGUCAUUGAGUCUCGGCUAGCUGCGCGUCAUUGACUGAGAUUACCAUUACUGAUGGUCUCGGCUAGCUGCGCGUCAUUGACUGAGAUUACCAUUACUGAUGGUCUCGGCUAGCUGCGCGUCAUUGGCUGAGAUGGGGUGUAAAUGUGGCCAUGGGGGCUAAAAGGUGAGUUAAUCAUCUUUAUUUUACUCUUUAUGGCCAUCUCCUCAAAUUUUCACUUUUUUAGUUUAUUUUGUUACAUUUUAAAUGUUUCUUCAACCAAAAACAUUGUUUUAAGAAAUGACUGUUUUUCAAGGUAACCCUUCCUGUGCUGUUUAAGGUGGCAAGCAGCCAUUGACUGUCCCCAACAAACUGCGCAUGCUGAUGACAAACCGAAUUGCACGCAAAUCACUUUAGCCACCUGGAACUCUCGUUUUGGGCUGGCUAAUGAAGCUUCAAUGAUGCUGCCGGAGGUGCAGUUACACGUCUGGCGGCAGAGGGGUUUAACAUUUCAUAGCGAAACACUGCACAUACAAACUCCAAGCACCAUAAUUACUUUAAAUCAUAUGAUGCUUGGAGUAAACUAUGUACGCUUUUUAUUUAUACUGCUCAGCAUAACUUGCUGCUGCUGUGAUUGCUCCGUCAGAAACCCGUAGAGUCUGACCCAACAUGGCUGCUCAUCCAGAUAAAAAGUGACAUUUUCUAAAAACAAACAUUUUUUCUUAAUUGAUGAACAUUUAAAAAAAAAAACGAACAUUUUAAUGAGUUUUCCGUUUAUGGAGACACUUCUAAAUCUAACUCCCUUGGACGAGAUUUACUUGGCAGCAAAAUUAUUGGAUGUGGUUCGUGUUGCAUGACAUCAUCACUCUAUUGAACUUCGAUCUGGUUACUGUGGAGGUCAUUAGAGUAUGAGAACUGUAUGUUCAUAGAACAGCUUCAAAUGUUAAAUGUGCUUAGUCCUUGUGCCAACACGGCAGUGCUUGCGGCAGUGCGAGGGCGGUGCUUGCUGCGGCAAUGCGAGAGUGGUCUUUGCUGCUGGGUGCGUCACUUUGAGGGCGGAACAGUCCUUGUAUUUCCAUAUGCCUGGAGUAUUAGCAUUAGCAUAGGAAUCUGAUCUGAAACUAUUCAAGUUAAAGAAUAGCCGAACUAAAAGCAUAGCGGACUCCACUUUGGCUAUUUUGACCUUAAAGGCAUUCUAUAGUGUUAGGAAUGUAAAUCUGUAUUCCUAACACUAUAGUGCCCUCUGUCCUGCAAAGUAAUGAGAAACUGCCAUGAUUUACAUUGACAGCAACACUGCUCUCUGGGUGCCUAUACUGUCUCUUUUAAAUUCUCGAUUCACCUUGAAUUCUCACUUUGGUGAAUAACCCCGGUAGUCUUUGCUGGUUUUAAAUUGUUUGAUCGGUGGUUAUAGUGUUGAGGUGUAUUUAACCGUUCAUUUAACCUUCUCAACAGUUACCUGCACUCCUGUGAUCCUCCCAUAAUCCACGGAAACCUUACCUGUGACACCAUCUUCAUCCAACACAACGGUCUCAUAAAGAUCGGAUCUGGUAAGCGCUGGUGUGACUUUAGUGGAAGCUCCCAAGGGGUUCCAGUGUGAGUGUGUGCUCAGUGUCUUGUCCAUUGCUGAAUCUCUGAGCUGACCAACAUACAGUCACACACAGUGUGCCAUUAUUAACGCACCCUCGUGUCUCUCGUCCCAUGUGAUCUGACAGUAUAAAUAGAGGGUUGUGUGCACAGACCAUAUCCAGAUUGGUGUGGUGUGGCGUGGCCUGGGUGUUUAAUCUGGAGCUCACAACAAGAUCAGGGAAAAUGGCUCAUACCAACAGUAAAGGGGGGAGGCGGACAGGACAUGCAGUCUGGAGGCUUUCAGGGAGAUUUAUCAAAGUGUUCUUACUAUCUAAAUGUUCUAUGAAUUUUUGCUGCAUUUUACGUUCCUUUUUUAUUUUGUUGCCAAUUUAUAAAUAAUAAUUUUGCAUUCUAAGAAAAGUGUCAGAAUUUUGCCGCCUAUUAAAGUUUUAAUACCAUCCAUUUUUAGAUCAAUAAAUAAGGUCUAAAUAAUAAAGGUGAUAAGUGUGUACAGUGAAAGUAUACAAAAAAGGCUAAUAUGUCCUUAAUUCACAAAACUACAAUUUUUUAUUUUUUUUUAUAGCGACAUCAGUGGGUGUCUAAGGUUCCGCCACACCUCCCACAUUUUUAAAGAUCGAGCAGAGCUUAAAUGAACUGGCUGAAAGUAUGCCAUCUUGGCGCUAUCAAUCACUACACAUUUUUAGGACUUUACCAUUCCUUGUUUUGAACUCUUGUCUAGACAGCCUACUUUUUGUUAAAUAUAUUGGCAGCUGCUUGAAGGGUUGUGUUACCUCCAUACUCUGACCUCGUUCAAACACACUCUGCUCUAAUUUCUAAAAAUCUCCAAGCGAUUUCAGGAAAUGUGAGUCGUUUUGUUUAAUAAGUUGCAUGUUGUAAUAUUUUCACUGUGCACACUUAGUAUCUUUUUUAUGACAUUACUCGAUAAAGAAUAUACAUAUGCAUUUGGUUUUAUUUGCACAUCUUUACCAGUGUUCAUUUUGGGGACAUAUUUCAAUUUAGUUUUAGUCAUAGCUAAAAAGCUGUUUUAGUCAACUAAAUCCUAAUGGGUUUACUUAAAGGGUUUACUCUGUCUCUUUUGCACCUUUUCCAGCCCCUCUGGGUGUCUUUUCUCCCUCCCCAGCCCCUCUGGGUGUCUUUCCCCUUCCCCAGCCCUUCUGAGUCUCUUUUCCCCUUCCCCAGCCCCUCUGGGUCUCUUUUCCCCUCCCCCAGCCCCUCUGGGUCUCUUUUCCCCUUCCCCAGCCUCUCUGGGUCUCUUUUCCCCUUCCCCAGCCUCUCUGGGUCUCUUUUCCCCUUCCCCAGCCCCUCUGGGUGUCUUUUCCCCUUCCCCAGCCCCUCUGGGUGUCUUUUCCCCUUCCCCAGCCCCUCUGGGUGUCUUUUCCCCCUCCCAGCCCCUCUGGGUGUCUUUUCCCCCUCCCAGCCCCUCUGUGUCUUUUUCCCUUCCCAGCCCCCUCUGGUGUCUUUUUCCUCCCAGCCCCCUCUCUGCCUUUUUCCUCCCAGCCCUCUGCGGCUUUUUCCCCCUCUGAGUCUCUUUUUCCCUUCCCAGCUCCUCUGGGUCUCUCUUUUCCUUCCACAGCCCCUCUGGGUCUCUUUCUCUCUUCCACAGCCCUCUGUCUCUUCUUUUUUCUCUCUUCCACAGCUCCCUCUGUCUUUUUUCUCUCUCCCCAGCCUCUGGGUGUCUUUUUUCUCUUCCACAGCCCCCCUCUCUGGGUUCUCUUUUUCUUCUCUCCCCAGCCCUCUUGGGUGUCUUUUUUCCCUUCCCAGCUCCCUCUGGGUCUCUUUUUCUUCUCCCUCAGCUCCUCUGUGUCUUUUUUCCUUCCCCAGUCUCCCUCUGGUGUUUUUCCCUCUAGCCUUCUCUGUCUCUUUUUUUCUCUCUCCUAGCCCUCUGGGUGUCUUUCCCUCUCCCCAGCCCCCUCCUCUGGGUGUCUUUUUUCCUCUCCCCAGCCCCUCUGUGUGUGUCUUUUUCUCUCUCCCAGUCCUCUGUGUCUUUUUCUCUCUCCUAGUCCCUCUGUGUCUUUUCUCUCUCCCCAGCCCCUCUGGGUGUCUUUUCUCUCUCCCCAGCCCCUCUGGGUGUCUUUUCUCUCUCCCCAGCCCCUCUGGGUGUCUUUUCUCUCUCCCCAGCCCCUCUGGGUGUCUUUUCUCUCUCCCCAGCCCCUCUGGGUGUCUUUUCUCUCUCCCCAGCCCCUCUGGGUGUCUUUUCUCUCUCCCCAGCCCCUCUGGGUGUCUUUUUUUUUUUUCUCCCCCUCGUGUCUUUUCUCCCUCCCCAGCCCCUCCACGUGUCUCCCUCUACCAUGUUUCUUACCCACCAGUGUUAAUUUUGGUGCCAAAUUUCAAUUUGUUUUGGUCAUAAGUUUUUUUGACUAAAAAGCCAUUUUAUUAUUAGUCAUAUGAAUUGUUUUGAUUUUUGUUGACUAAUCUGUAUAAAAUUGUUAGCCGACAAAAUUACCACUGGUCUUUACACAGCGUCUCUACACAGCAUCUUCACAACUAAAUAAUGAUGGAAUUUAAGUGACACUUUUCAGAACACUUUGAUAAAAAUCCAUCAAUUCAUAUACUUGUAAUAUGGGUCAUACCAAUAGUAGAGGAUGAGGGAUGCUACACGUGACCCAUAAUACCUCUAGUAACAUGGGGAGCAGGGAUGGUUACUGUUAUUUUGGUCAUUUUAGUUCCAAUGACUGGACACACGGUGUGGAAGGGUUUCCAAUGGACAGAGAACGAGAGUUAAGCUGCAUGUCUGACACCUUGCCCCAUCCUUGGAGACUCAUGAGACCUGGCUGUGUACUUUGUAGAAUGACUACCUUUGUGUUUUGUCCCCUCUGUGACAUCCUCCCAUCCCAGCCGUUCAUUCACUCAUUGACCUGUCUUGUAUUGUUUUAUCUCCUGCUUCGGCUGCUCUGUUGCCCACACACCAGUCUUUCAUAGGAUUUUUGCUAAUGGUGAGAUGAAUCUUCAGCUCCUGUGAUUUGCCUGUUCAUGUCGAUGUGAUGCUGAUCCUUUCUGUAUGUUCUUCCUUCUCUGCAAGGCUCCCCCCAUGUAACCGCUGGUUGUAUAUCUGGUUACCUGGGUGAGUGUUGCCUUGCACAGAGGGGUGGCAGCUCUGGAAGUGCCCCCAUUGCUGGCAAUGUCUGUAGGCUGCUCCCUUGCACGUAGGACCCCUCAAUCUGCCUGUGCAUGUCUGAGCUAUAGAGUGCUUCACAUCCUCACUGCACUGCUGCUGCAUCCUGGGGUGUCCAUUCCUGUUGCUGCUUUGUCCCCCUGCUCAUGUUUGGGGAGAAGAGGGGGAGGGGGUUAAAAUGAAUGAUACAUUGCUGUUUGUGGUGUUAGGUGUUCAUAGACUCAGAAGAUCUGAUUUAUAUGACUCAAAUUGUGGGGUGCUCUGCAAUCAGCAGAAAAUUCAGGAAACUUGUGCUCAAAUAAACAAUCUUUCAUACAGAGAAAUUAAACGGGAUAGAUAUUCUUCUUGGAUUUUCUCCUGGAUACCAAGCCUACCUUCCGCACCUGAAUAUGGAGCGAGAAUAUAGAGCUAUCGGACAUAUGGUAGCAUUCUCAACAGCAUUUCUUAGACCUUUAUGGUGGUGCUAAACUGAGGGGAAAAUCACAUCGCAAUUGGCACAAAAGAGAGUUAUGAAAAAAGUGGCCCUGUGCGUGGGCUCCCCUUCCUGGGAAUGGGCCCUGGGCGGGCGUGGGCUCCCCUUCCUGGGAAUGGGCCCUGGGCGGGCGUGGGCUCCCCUUCCUGGGAAUGGGCCCCCCUUCCUGGGAAUGGGCCCUGGGCGGGCGUGGGCUCCCCUUCCCUUGUGACAUUUGACGAAUUGGUAGAAAUGAUUUUGAAAAGUCCUUUUUUUUUUUUUUUUCAUCCCUCUAGCUAGUACUAGGUUUGUCCUUUUUAUAGUCUGCACCACCCUUUCCCCUUUUAUUGACCCCUCUGUCAGCCCAAUUCUUUGCAUAGCGACAUCCGCUCCUUGUCACAUGACAUGAAGUGAACUCUGAAACCCUGCCAACAUGUGAGCAGCUGUGUGCUUCUGCGGUAUGUGGUUUCCUUCCCAGGUAAGUGGAUGGAGCAGCUCUCCAUAUAAUAGUCUAAUAAGGAUCAGAUUCAAGUCGAUUUACAUUUUCUGUAUAGGAUUGCGUGUAUUCCUAGACAGGUGUAUAUACUGUAUUAAGGGAUCGGAGAUCGGAAUCCUCCACAAAACAUAAAUAAAAUUAUUUUUAUUAUUUGCGCCUCCCUAUAUUUAACAAAUAUAUUUGUGAGAUGAGAUAAUAUGAAAUUUAGAAAUCCACUCUCUAUCCGUAACUGGGCACUUCCAGCUCCCUGUCAAUCAUUGUGAUAAGCUCCGCCCUUUACACCUGGCAGUCAGUAUAGAGAGAGCCACCUCCAUCUUAGCUCCCUGUCAAUCAUUGUUAUAAGCUCCGCCCUUUACGCCUGGCAGUCAGUAUAGAGAGAGAGCCACCUCCAUCUUAGCUCCCUGUCAAUCAUUGUUAUAAGCUCCGCCCUUUACACCUGGCAGUCAGUAUAGAGAGAGAGCCACCUCCAUCUUAGCUGCCUGUCAGUCAUUGUUAUAAGCUCCGCCCUUUACACCUGGCAGUCAGUAUAGAGAGCCACCUCCAUCUUAGCUCCCUGUCAAUCAUUGUUAUAAGCUCCGCCCUUUACACCUGGCAGUCAGUAUAGAGAGCCGCCUCCAUCUUAGCUCCCUGUCAAUCAUUGUUAUAAGCUCCGCCCAUUACACCUGGCAGUCAGUAUAGAGAGAGCCACCUCCAUCUUAGCUCCCUGUCAAUCAUUGUUAUAAGCUCCGCCCUUUACACCUGGCAGUCAGUAUAGAGAGAGCCGCCUCCAUCUUAGCUCCUGUCAAUCAUUGUUAUAAACUCCGCCCUUUACACCUGGCAGUCAGUAUAGAGAGAGCCGCCUCCAUCUUAGCUCCCUGUCAAUCAUUGUUAUAAGCUCCACCCUUUACACCUGGCAGUCAGUAUAGAGAGAGCCAUCUCCAUCUUAGCUCCCUGUCAAUCAUUGUUAUAAGCUCCACCCUUUACACCUGGCAGUCAGUAUAGAGAGCCACCUCCAUCUUAGCUCCCUGUCAAUCAUUGUUAUAAGCUCCGCCCUUUACACCUGGCAGUCAGUAUGGAGAGAGCCACCUCCAUCUUAGCUCCUUGUCAAUCAUUGUUAUAAGCCCCGCCCUUUACACCUGGCAGUCAGUAUAGAGAGCCACCUCCAUCUUAGCUCCCUGUCAAUCAUUGUUAUAAGCUCCGCCCUUUAUACCUGGCAGUCAGUAUAGAGAGAGCCACCUCCAUCUUAGCUCCCUGUCAAUCAUUGUUAUAAGCUCUGCCCUUUACACCUGGCAGUCAGUAUAGAGAGAGCCACCUCCAUCUUAGCUCCCUGUCAAUCAUUGUGAUAAGCGCCGCCCAUUACACCUGGCAGUCAGUAUAGAGAGAGCCACCUCCAUCUUAGCUCCCUGUCAAUCAUUGUUAUAAGCUCCGCCCUUUACACCUGGCAGUCAGUAUAGAGAGAGCCGCCUCCAUCUUAGCUCCCUGUCAAUCAUUGUUAUAAGCUGCGCCCUUUACACCUGGCAGUCAGCCUAGAGAGAGCCACCUAUAUCUUAGCUCCCUGUCAAUCAUUGUGAUAAGCGCCGCCCAUUACACCUGGCAGUCAGUAUAGAGAGAGCCACCUCCAUCUUAGCUCCCUGUCAAUCAUUGUUAUAAGCUCCGCCCUUUACACCUGGCAGUCAGUGUAGAGAGCCGCCUCCAUCUUAGCUCCCUGUCAAUCAUUGUGAUAAGCGCCGCCCAUUACACCUGGCAGUCAGUAUAGAGAGAGCCACCUCCAUCUUAGCUCCCUGUCAAUCAUUGUUAUAAGCUCCGCCCUUUACACCUGGCAGUCAGUAUAGAGAGAGCCACCUCCAUCUUAGCUCCCUGUCAAUCAUUGUGAUAAGCGCCGCCCAUUACACCUGACAGUCAGUAUAGAGAGAGCCACCUCCAUCUUAGCUCCCUGUCAAUCAUUGUUAUAAGCUCCGCCCUUUACACCUGGCAGUCAGUGUAGAGAGCCACUUCCAUGUCAGCAGGGCCGGUGCAAGGAUGUUAGUUUAACACGUACUACCUACCUAGAGAUUUUUACAGAUCAUGUACACUCCUUCAUGGCAUUUGUCUCUUGAUGGCAGUGGCCUCUUUCAGCAGGAUAAUGCACCCUGCCAUGCUGCUCCAUCCCAGCUAGAUAUUCCACGGUCAUCUGUGCGUGGUAUUAUUGGAAAGUGGAAGCAUUUAGGAACAGCAGCAACUCUGCCACGAGGCGGAAGACCACAUAAAGUCACAGUGCGGGUUCACAAGUGCUGAGGCUCAUGGCAUAAGAGUUCCAAACUUCCACUGGCAUUAAUAUCCGCACAAAGUGUUUGAAGAUAGCUUCAUGGAAUGGGUUUACAUGGUGAUGUGAGGCUUGCAUGCAGCUGCUUGGCCAAGUAUCCUUGUUUUUCCAGGAUUGGACUUGGCCACUUCCAGUGAAAGGAAAUCUUUAAUGCAUCAGCAUACCAAAACAUUUUGGAGAAUGAUACACUUUCAACUUUGUGGGAACAGUUUGGUGAAGGCCCCUUUCAAUUCAAGCAUGACAGUGCCCCAGUGCAUAAAGCAAGGUCCAUAAAGACAUAGCUGGAAGAUAAUUUAUUGUGAAGGAACUUGGAUAGCCUGCACAGAGUCCUCACCUCAACCCUAUCGAAAACCUUUUCGUCCAACAUCAAUGCCUGACCUCACAAAUGAUCUACUGCAUAAAUUGACAAUCCCACAAAAAGAAUCCAAAAUCUUGUGGAAAGCUUUAUAACUGCAAAGUGGGGACCAACUACUUAUUUAGGUCUAUGUAUUUAAAAUGCAAUGUCAUAAAAGUCCCCGAUGGUGUAAUGGUCAGGUGUCCCAAUACUUUUUUUCAUAUGGUGAAUCUUGAGUUGGUGUUAAAUUUGGGUAGACGUGAGUAACAGCCUGUAUAUAAUACAAAGAACAAAAGAGAGGACUGUGAUGUUAUUUAUUUGAGGCUAAACAGACUUUGUUGCCUAUUAGGCAUUUUCUUAUUUUGGCAACCUUGACUAAAUAACAAACCUGUAUUCUUUAGGUUAACGCAAACUAGAAUAUGUUCAAAUCUUGCAUUGUAGUACAGCAAAUCUAUAUUAAUCCAUUCUAUACCAGUAAUCCUGCUAAAUCGAGGACUUUCACUGUGAAAAGCUUAACAUACAAACUAUGGACACCAUAACUACUUCAAAACACUAAAGUGGCCAUGGUACUUGGUGCAACCAGUUAACCAGAGCUCAUUCUCUGUAUGUUUUAUAGUGUGAUCUCACCAGAUAACCAGAGCUCAUUCUCUGUAUGUUUUAUAGUGUGAUCCCACCAGAUAACCAGAGCUCAUUCUCUGUAUGUUUUAUAGUGUGAUCCCACCAGAUAACCAGAGCUUAUUCUCCGUAUGUUUUAUAGUGUGAUCCCACCAGAUAACCAGAGCUCAUUCUCCGUAUGUUUUAUAGUGUCAUCUCACCAGAUAACCAGAGCUCAUUCUCGGUAUGUUUUAUAGUGUGAUCCCACCAGAUAACCAGAGCUCAUUCUCGGUAUGUUUUAUAGUGUGAUCCCACCAGAUAACCAGAGCUCAUUCUCCGUAUGUUUUAUAGUGUCAUCUCACCAGAUAACCAGAGCUCAUUCUCCGUAUGUUUUAUAGUGUGAUCCCACCAGAUAACCAGAGCUCAUUCUCGGUAUGUUUUAUAGUGUCAUCUCACCAGAUAACCAGAGCUCAUUCUCGGUAUGUUUUAUAGUGUCAUCUCACCAGAUAACCAGAGCUCAUUCUCGGUAUGUUUUAUAGUGUGAUCCCACCAGAUAACCAGAGCUCAUUCUCGGUAUGUUUUAUAGUGUCAUCUCACCAGAUAACCAGAGCUCAUUCUCGGUAUGUUUUAUAGUGUCAUCUCACCAGAUAACCAGAGCUCAUUCUCGGUAUGUUUUAUAGUGUGAUCUCACCAGAUAACCAGAGCUCAUUCUCGGUAUGUUUUAUAGGGUGAUCCCACCAGAUAACCAGAGCUCAUUCUCGGUAUGUUUUAUAGUGUGAUCCCACCAGAUAACCAGAGCUCAUUCUCUGUAUAUUUUAUAGUGUGAUCCCACCAGAUAACCAGAGCUCAUUCUCGGUAUGUUUUAUAGUGUGAUCUCACCAGAUAACCAGAGCUCAUUCUCGGUAUGUUUUAUAGUGUGAUCUCACCAGAUAACCAGAGCUCAUUCUCGGUAUGUUUUAUAGGGUGAUCCCACCAGAUAACCAGAGCUCAUUCUCGGUAUGUUUUAUAGGGUGAUCCCACCAGAUAACCAGAGCUCAUUCUCGGUAUGUUUUAUAGGGUGAUCCCACCAGAUAACCAGAGCUCAUUCUUGGUAUGUUUUUUUUAGUGGGAUCACAGACCACAUAUAUCCCCAGUGUAACAAUGUAAUCCGUAUCCUGAGAUAACUGGCAUCACGGAUCACAUAUAUCCCAAGUGUAACAAUGUUAUCCGUAUCCUGAGAUAACUGGGAUCACAUAUCACAUAUAUCCCCAGUGUAACAAUGUAAUCUGUAUCCUGAGAUAACUGGCAUCACGGAUCACAUAUAUCCCCAGUGUAACAAUGUAUUCUGUAUCCUGAGAUAACUCGCAUCACAGACCACAUAUAUCCCAAGUGUAACAAUGUUAUCCGUAUCCUGAGAUAACUGGGAUCACAUAUCACAUAUAUCCCCAGUGUAACAAUGUAUUCUGUAUCCUGAGAUAACUGGCAUCACAGACCACAUAUAUCCCCAAUGUAAUCCUUAUCCUGAGAUAACUGGGAUCACAGACCACAUAUAUCCCCAGUGUAACAAUGUAAUCCGUAUCCUGAGAUAACUGGGAUCACAGUCGAGUGAAAUAUACCAGGCGUGUAAGGCUACUCCUCUACCUAGUAUGGAUAACAAUCCAGACAUGUGCUUAAAAUAUUAAUAUACAAUCUUUAUUAAUUAGGCUUAUUUGUAGGACUUUUCAUAACCCUUUGUAGGUAAGUAGUGCACUGAAAAAAUAAACCAGGGUACCAAGGUAGACAAGGGGUUAUACCAUAGUAUUGGUGUUAAAAAACAGGGAUUAACUAGAAGUUAAACCAUAGUUCUGUCCGUAUAAAGCAGCCAGUUAAUCGUACCUUCGUUAGCCCUUUGUAGCUAAAUAGUGCACUGAAAAAUAAACCAGUGUACCCAGGUAGACAAGGGGUUAAACCAUGGUCUUAGUGUUAAGUACCAAAGAUUGACUCAAGGUUAGACCAUCGUACUAUCCAAGUGAAGCAUGAAUAAACAUAGAUUGGAUAAUAGAGUAACCCAAAAUAUCCAGGGGCGUGGUUACUGAGAAGUGAUGUCAUUACAUACACCCUUCCCUUUCAUGAUGGAGGGGGUGAAUGAUACAGAAUGAGAAGAUCGAAAUACGUUACCAAUAUGAUCGCAACUAAAUAAAGUCACUCCUAUCUGUCAGUUAAAGGACCACUAUAGGCACCCAGACCACUUCAGCUCAAUGAAGUGGUCUGGGUGCCAGUUCCAUGUAGGGUUAACCCUGCCUGUCUACACUAGGGUUAAUCCAGCCUCUAGUGGCUGUCUCAUUGACUGCCGUUAGAGGCGCUUCUCACUGUGAAAAUCAGUGAGAAGACGCUGACGUCCAUAGGAAAGCAUUGAGUAAUGCUUUCUUAUGAACUGAUUGAAUGCGUGCGCGGCUCUUGCCACGCAUGAGCAUUCAGCGUUGACGUCCGAAGAGGGAGGAGAGUUCGCCAGCGUGCCCGACGAGAGUGGGACCCUGAGGGUAGGGGGGAACUUAAAGACCCUAUAGUGCCAGGAAAACGAGUUUGUUUUUCCUGGCACUAUAGUGGUCCUUUUAAGAUUCAAAUAUGGGUGAUACAAUUUGCAAAGGCAGCCCAAAGCUGGCUGAUACUAGAGUAAAAUAGUAGCCAUGUGUGUCCAGCUGCAAGAAAAAUGUCAAGUUUAGAAACCAAUUACGCUGAGCUAGUUUAUAAAACAUUGCUGUGAAAUAUCCUCUUCAGAUCGGAACAGUAGACUUGUCACACUGUACAUCAAUAUGCCGAUGUGAAGCGAGUUGUUGUGUAUUAAUACUAUAGUUCUUAUUUUCAACCAUCAUAUAUGUCUACUGCUGGCUAGAGUAACGGCUCGGCAGCAGUGAAGGGGUGCAUAAACUUCAAGCCGAUAUCUCUCCAGAAGAUAUGCAGCAGACUGGGCUAAAGUGGGUCUAACCGAUGCUGUAUCUAUAUGCGUUGUACCGUCCUUAUGGGUCACUAUGAAACUGCGGCACCAGGAAGGAAUACAUUAGAGAGAUGACUAAUUAAAUAUAGACCAGUCAGUGGGAUUCAAACUGCUGAACGAUUAGAAUUGCACAGAGUACUUAUCCUCUAUAGCUACUGCCUAGAAGGGCAGAUCGCCUAAAUUGAACCCCCAAGAUGGUGGAAGUGACAAAAUUAACGUAUAGUUAAUAUGUAAACUCUGUAUCACAAUGGAUAGUUAGUAGUGUAGUGUCUUCAGCUAAGUUGGAUACCUCGGUAUUUCAGCACUAGAUGUGCAUGCCCCUAGGUAAUCGGAGCCAUCUAUAUUGUGACUAUAUAUUCUCGUAGUUAUUUUAAUCCUUCUUUAAGACCCCAUAUAUAACUUGAAUGCUCUUCUAAGAUAUUCAAAGAGUACCCUAGUCACUAUGUAAAAACCCCAAACAUUACUGUACUGAUAGAUGUUCAGCACCUAAUGUUUAAUCACAAUCAAGGAAUAAUAUAUGUAUAUAUGUAUGUAUAUGUGGGUCUGCGCAACGUAGUAUGGAAAUAAACAUAUUUAGGUCCAUAUCGAUUGUAAAAUUCUGAAGUUGUAAUUGGGGCUGGAAUAACCUAACCAUGGGAGGACACCAGACCGUAGAUCCAACAGUGAGCGAAAUCAAUAAGGCAAACAGGGCCACCAACUGUGCUGCAGGUGCGUCUAGUGAUCACUAAAAAAUAGAGUACUUACAAAUUUCUAUAAUAAAUCUAGUUUACAUAACAUAAGGAUACUGAUCUAUAAAUAGUGCUGACUAUAAAGUAGGCUUAUUCAGGAAUAAAUGAAAAACCUUCAUUCAGGCCACGUGGAGCGAGCGUCUUAAGUUUAAAGAUCCAAAAACUCUCGCGUUGUAAGAGUAUCUUAUCAAGGUCACCCCUUCUUUGACCAAGGUUGACUUUCUCUAUUCCGUUGAAUCGAAUCUCGACAGCCGAUCCACCAUGGAAUAAUUUCAAAUGCUUUGAAAUGGGUGUAUCAACAUAACGUAACGGGUUAACGGAAUUAACAUGUUACAUGUUCAGUGGGCGACAAGUUUUACCAUCAUACAUCUUUUGACAGCUUUUAAAGAAGGAUUUGGAAGUAAGUUGUUCAGAAUUUGUGGAAUUUGCAAAGGUCUUGAUGUAUUUACAUGCCUUGCAUCUUCCACAUUGGUAUGUCCCAGUAACGGAAGAUUUUAACCAAGUUUCAUUAGUCGGUACUGGUUUCAGAUAACUAGGGACCAGUAUAUCUUUCAGGUUUCUGACCCUUCUUGCUGUAAUGGAAGCACGAGGGGUGAAUGCCUAUUGGAGAUGUAUAUCCUGUUUUACCAAUGGGCAAAAUCUUUCUAGUGUCCCUUUCACAGCAUACCACCCUGCAUCAAAAGUGCCUAUGCAUCUGGUUUGGUCUUGGCUCGAGGUAUCCGGUAUUUUGUCAGAUAGGAGUACUUUUCUAUCCAUUAAGAGGGCUCUUUGAUAAGCAUUAUUUAGACAUUCAUUAGGGUAACCUUAUUCUUUAAAGUUUGCCCUCAGAUUUUUGGCUUUAACUUUAAAGUCAUCCAUAGAUGAGCAAUUCCUCCUUAGUCGGAGAAAUUGUCCGACUGGAAUACCUCUCUUGAGGGAUGGGGGAUGAUGACUUUUCCAGUUAAGUAGAUUGUUGGUGGUUGUUGGUUUUCUAAAUAAUGUCGUUGAUAUUUUGCCCUCCUCUUCCACUUUAAUGGAAAUGUCCAGAAAGUUCAGAUGGUCACCGCCUAUUUCCACAGUAAGCCUCAAGUUGAUAUUAUUCUGAUUAAGCUGAAACACAAAUUCUCUAAACUGGUCCGUGGUACCUGUCCAAACUAUCAAGAUGUCAUCAGUGUAUCUUUUCCACAUUCUCACACGUUUAGUAUAUUUGUCUAAUGUUUGGUCACUAUAGUUAUUUCCCACCACCCCAGGUGGAGGUUGGCAUAUGACUGGGCACAAGCCUUCCCCAUAGCUAUUUAAAUUUUUUCCAGUUUUUACCUCGUCCACUUUAUUGUGGAUUUGGUGAAUCUUUCCUGAAUCUUAAAGACCAUUUAAUGGCGAGACAAACUCUAUAUAAUGUGUGGGUACAGUAAAUGAGUAAGAGGAAAAUUACAGCUAAACACAAACACAGCAGAAAUUUAAAAAGUGCCUGGUUCUUAACAGUAAGAAAAUUGAAAAGCAGUCUGGUCACUAAGGGGUUAAAUAUAGUCUCCUCCUUUACUGUGUUGAUUCCCUUUAUAUAUUUAAAUGUUUCUAUCAUAUCCCCCCUGUCUCGUCUUUCCUCCAAGCUAUACAUGUUAAGAUCCUUUAACCUUUCCUGGUAAGUUUUAUCCUGCAAUCCAUGAACCAGUUUAGUAGCCCUUCUCUGAACCCUCUCUAAAGCAGGGGUUCCCAAUUAAUUUUUUAAGUGGAACCCUUUUACAUAGUGUAUCAACAUCGUGGAACACCCCUCCCCUCUCUUCCGCCAAUAUUAGCGCCAUCUAAUUUUGUGUGUAUUUGUGUAUGUAUUUGACACACACACACACUGGCACAUAGUGGCACACAGAUACACACCUUGACACACACAGCACAUAUUAUUAUUAUUAUUAUGUUCUUUAUAUAGCCCCAUCAAAUUCCGCAGCGCUUUACAAUGGGUUGACAAACAGACAUGUAGUUGUAACCAGACAAGUUGGACACACACCUUGACAAAUAGAUACAUACACACACACACACACACACAGAUACUGUGUGUGUGUAUCAAUGCAUCGGUUUGUCAAGGUGUGCAUAUCUAUGUGUAUCUGUGCUUGUAUGUGCCGGUGUGUGUAUCUUUGUGUAUGUAUCUGAUACACAUACACACACACUCAGAUGCACACUGUGGCACAUACACACAUCUUGACUCACAAAUACACACACUAAGAUAAACACAGUGUCAUAUACACACACACACACAAACAUAGGCACAUACAAACACACUGAUAUACACUGGCACAGACACACACACUCUCACUGACAAACACACACAUUCUUUGACACACGCAUACAAACACAUAGACUCAGUGACAAACACACAUACAAACCCCCUAACAAACACACACACACUUUUUUUUAAACAAUUUUUUUUUUUUUAUUUCACUCCACCCAGACUCCCUAGCUUUGUGAGUGCUGGCAUGGAGUCUUUAUUUCCCUGGGGUCCAGUUGGGCUGCUGGGCUGAGUGGCUGGCGUGCAGUCCCUGAGGUCCGGUGGGGCUGUUGGGCUGGCGGCAAGCCAAACGUGAUCUUCCUGCUCAUCUCCCUCGCGCACCUUUUAGUGAUGCCGUGGCCGGAGUAACGUCAUAUUCCGGCUCCGGCAUCAAUGCUGUGCGCACGAGGUUGCUGAGUAAGGGAGAGUGCUCCCUCGCUGCCUGCAAUUAUCGCAGCAGUCAUUUUGUUCCCAGAAAUUGCGGCGGAACACCAAUUGGGAAACUUUCCUCUAAAGUAUCAAUAUCCUUCUGAAGAUACGGUCUCCAGUACUGCGUACAAUACUCCAAGUGAGGUCUCACCAGUGUUCUGUACAAUGGCAUGAGCACUUCCCUCUUUCUACUGCUAAUACCUCUCCCUAUACAACCAAGCAUUCUGCUAGCAUUUCCUGCUGCUCUAUUACAUUGUAUGUCUACCUUUAAGUCAUCAGAAAUAAUCACCCCAAAUCCCUUUCCUCAUAUGUUGAGGUUAGGACUCUAUCAAAUAUUCUGUACUCUGCCCUUGGGUUUUUACGUCCAAGAUGCAUUAUCUUGCACUUAUCCACAUUAAAUGUCAGUUGCCACAAUUCUGACCAUUUUUCUAGUUUACCUAAAUCAUUUGCUAUUUGGCUUAUCCCUCCUGGAACAUUAACCCUGUUACAUAUCUUAGUAGCAUCAGUUGUGAUGUUUGAGUUUUGUGUAUUGUAAAGCUGGUGGAGUGGCUGUCAGUGAAGCUCUUGGUAGGUUGUUGGUAUUGUGAAGCCGGUGUGGUGGGCCUGCAGUUCCAUACCGAUAUUGGAAGCCAGGGUAGGUUAGAAGAGGUGGAUAACGCAUUGUUGUAUAUUAAGUGGAUAGAGAUUUAAAGGUUGUGUGAAGUGUGAUACCUCUCAGUGAAGCCCUUUGUAGGUUGUGUGUAUUGUGAAGCUGGUGGGGUGGCUCUCGGUGUAGCUCUUGGUCGAUUGUGUGUAUUGUGAAGCCAGUGGGGUGGGCCUGUAUAUUGAAAUUGGUUGUUGGGAUAAAGCUGUCUGGAGGGUUGUGUAUUUUCUCAUUUUGUCCUUCUCAUCCUCAGUGGCUCCAGACACUAUUAACAACCACGUGAAAACCUGCCGUGAGGAGCAGAAGAACUUGCACUUUUUUGCACCUGAGUAUGGAGGUAGGAGGGGAGAAGGCAGCCUGAGCCACAUGUGUUAUUUAUUUAUUAAGGAAUAUAUCAAAUGUCUUUUUUUUUUUUUUUAAUAGAAGUGACAAACGUAACGACUGCUGUGGAUAUCUACUCCUUUGGCAUGUGUGCAUUAGAGGUGAGAGUUCAGUAGCUGCCGGCCUCCUGACUCGAUAACCCCUGCGCUGCCGGCCUCCUGGCUGGUGAACCCCUGCGCUGCCGGCCUCCUGGCUGGUGAACCCCUGCGCUGCCGGCCUCCUGACUCGAUAACCCCUGCGCUGCCGGCCUCCUGGCUGGUGAACCCCUGCGCUGCCGGCCUCCUGGCUGGUGAACCCCUGCGCUGCCGGCCUCCUGGCUGGUGAACCCCUGCGCUGCCGGCCUCCUGGCUGGUGAACCCCUGCCCUGCCGGCCGCCUGGCUGGUGAACCCCUGCCCUGCCGGCCGCCUGGCUGGUGAACCCCUGCGCUGCUGGCCUCCAUACCUAUUAUCUAUACUCAUGAGUGAGUAAGAAGGCUGGCAGUACAUGUCUACUGCCGGCUUCCUAAGCUGCUACCUCCGGCCUCCUCGUUUAUCUUGUUAUCUCCCAGUCUUUAUAUGGAUUCAUAUCAUCUUUCUCUUUCUGUUUCCUCUGCAGAUGGCUGUCUUAGAGAUCCAGGGUAAUGGGGAGUCAUCGUAUGUUCCUCAAGAGGCUAUAAAUAACGCCAUCCAAUUCUUGGAGGAUCCACUACAGAGAGUGAGUUCCAAUCUGUGCACUUUAACCUUAUGUCUUGAAUUCUCUUCAAAGAUAAGAUAUAACCUAGCGUGUUGAGACGUAUCUCCAGAUAGGCUGGAGUCAAAACGCUGGCAAAUGUGGAAGGGGAGGAGGCAAAACGCUGCGGUGGGAACGGGGAGGCGGGAGGGGAGAGAUGCUGUUGUGGGUGUUGUGGGAGGGGAGAGAUGCUGUUGUGGGUGUUGUGGGAGGGGAGAGAUGCUGUUGUGGGUGUUGUGGGAGGGGAGAGAUGCUGUUGUGGGUGUUGUGGGAGGGGAGAGAUGCUGUUGCAGUUGUGUGGGAGGAGAUGCUGUUGUGGGGUGUGUGUUGUGGGAGGGAGAUGCUGUUGUGGGGUGCUGUGGGAGGGGAGAGAUGGCUAUGGGGGGAGAGAUGCUGUUGUGGGGGGAGGGGAGAGGAUGCUGCUGUGGGGGGAGGGAGGAUGCUGUUGUGGGGGGGGGAGGGAGAGAUGCUAAGCUGUGGGGGAGGGGAGAGAUGCUGUUGUGGGGGGGAGGGGUAGAUGCCAUGUGGGGGAGGAGAGGAUGCUUGCUGUGGGGGGAGUGAGAGAUGCUGCUGUGGGGGGGGAGAUGCUGUUGUGGGGGGAGGGAGAGAUGCUGUUGUGGGGGAGGGGAGAUGCUGCUGUGGGGGAGGGAGAUUGUGGGGGGGAGGAGAUGCUGUGGGGGGGGAGGGGAGAGAUGCUGCUGUGGGGAGGAGAGAUGCUGUUGUAAGGGGGGGGAGGAGAGAUGCUGUUGUGGGGGAGGGGAUGGUUGUGGGGGGGGGAGGAGGAGAUGCUGCUGUGGGGGGAGGGAGAGAUGCUGUUGUGGGGGGGGAGGGAGAGGAUGCCAGUUGUGGGGGAGGGAGAGAUGCUGCUGUGGGGGGAGGGAGAGAUGCUGUUGUGGGGGAGAGAUGCUGUUGUGGGGAGGGGAAAGAGCUGCCAUGGGGGGAGGGGAGAGAUGCUGCUGUGGGGGGAGGGAGAGAUGUUGCUGUGGGGGGAGGGAGGGAGAGAUGCUGGGUUGUGGGGAGGGGAGGAGAGAUGCUGUUGUGGGGGGGGAGGGGAGUGAUGCUGUUGUGUGGGGGGGUGCUGCUGCUGCUGAGGAGGCGAGCAGCAGCGCAAAUCCAUUGUGAUGGAUAGAAUGCUAUAUACUAGUUACUUGUAUAAAAUGUUAAAAUUAGUCUUAAAAGACAUUCCCUCAGUGAAGCUGUAGGGGGCACCUUCUUACCUUCAAGGGUUAAACUUAAUGUUUAUGUGAUGAGAAUGUGAAGAGUUGUUUGACAGACCUUUCCUGUACGGAGUGGCAGCUGGGCACCGAGAUUAAACCACUCAAACUGUUUAACCCCUGCAAGUAAAAUUGGCGCUAUGCUCCCUUAACAAUUUAGUAAAGAUGAUGUUAUAAUAUUUAAACCUGAUUUGCAAUCCAUGCAUUGUGUGUCGAGAAUCCAGAAUAUGUUGGCACUAUUUCUAUAAUUCUAUUCCCUAUGCAGGAAUUCAUCCAGAAGUGCCUGGAGACUGAUCCCAGUAAGCGCCCCACUGCCCGGGAGCUGCUCUUCCACCAGGCCUUGUUUGAGGUGCCCUCUCUGAAGCUGCUGGCUGCGCACUGCAUUGUGGGUCACCAGCGUAAGUAACUGCCUGUCAUUUUGUUAGUUUGGGAAGACAAUUUUUAUGGCUGGGGUUAAUCAACGAGGUUUGGGUAUGGUUUUGGGGGUUAAUAUAGCGAAGAAGGGUUAAUAAUUCAGUGAGUGUGUAUUAUAGUAUGGGGAGGUUAAUAAUUCAGCAAGUGUGUAUUUUAGUAUGGGGAGGUUAAUAAUUCAGCGAGUGUGUAUUAUAGUAUGGGGGGGGUUUAAUAAUUCAGCGAGCCCUUGUUAUAGUUGGGGGGGUUAAUAAUUCAGCGAGCCCUUGUAUAGUGGGGGUUAAUAAUCCAAGCCUUUGUUAUAGUUAAGCAUAAUUCAACGAGCCCUUGUUAUAGAUAAGGGGUUAAAUCAAUGGGCCUUGUUAUAGUUGGGGAGGGGUGUUAUAUUAUGGGAUCCCUUGACAUAGUUGGCGGAGGUGGGGGUUAAUAAUUCAGCAAACCCUUGUUAUAGUAUGGGGCGGUUAAUAAUUCAGCGAGCCCUUGUUAUAGUAUUGGUGGGGGGGGGCUAAUAAUUCAGCGAGCCCUUGUUAUAGUAUUGGGGGGGGGGGGGGUUAAUAAUUCAGCGAGCCCUUGUUACUGGACUAUGAAUUUUCUCCUACAGACAUGAUACCAGAGAAUGCUUUGGAGGAAAUGACUAAGAAUCUUGAUAUGACGGCUGUACUGGCAGAGAUCACGCAUGCAGACCGCGAUGGCGUCCGUAUGAUGUAAGAGUGCUUGAUAUUGUGCGGUUAUUAUAAUGUGGGAGUGUCACCAAGCUAGUGCCACCAGAGGAUAUGUAGUUAGGCCAUGGUCUCUCGUGACGCAUGGCCUCCUCCGCCGAUAUCCAGUUCUUCUUCUCAUAGAGGUCAUUGGGGACCUAAUACGCAUGUGCAGCACGUUUUACUUGCAAUGGAAGUGUCCUAGUUGCUUUCAGUGUGACACACUAAAGUAGGACUUAAUCCUGUAAUGUAAACAUUGCACCAAGACCACUUCAGCGAGAUGACAAUAGUGUCACUUUAACCCCUUAAGGACGGCAGGCCCGAUCCGGCCAUACCCCUGGCCAUGUGAUCACAGGCUCCUCGCGAUCACAUGGUUGGAAUAGCCGGC